CCCCCUCCCCCUCCGCCCCUCCCCGCGGCCGGCCGGCAGCUCCGGUGGGCCACCUGGGAGGUGGGGUGCUGGCCGCCCCUCCCCAGACCUGGCACAGCCUCCAGAAAGUAGCCUGGCCCCACCCUCACUGGGGCCGCCAGUGGGGGCCACGUGGCCACACAAAUGACUGGCCAGGCUUCCCAGGAGACCGGGCCUCCCAGGACUGGCUUGGGAGCUUCCUGACUGCGAGCAGAUGACUCAUGCCUCAGGGCUCCUGGGGACCCCCCUGGUGUCGGCCACCUGGCUGCAGCCCAGCCCCCCGCCCACGGGCACGGCCGCACCAGCCGGGGCGCAGGAGGACCACAUGGGGAACGGCUCCCACGGCGCCUCCCAGCUCUUCCUCUGCACCCCGCUGGCCCGCGGCGUCUCGGGCAUCUUCGUGUGGACAGCCCUGGUGCUCACCGGCCACCAGAUCUAUCUGCACCUGCGCUCCUACACGGUCCCCAACGAGCAGCGCUACAUCAUCCGCCUGCUCCUCAUCGUCCCCGUCUACGCCUUCGACUCCUGGCUCAGCCUCCUCCUCCUGGGAGGCCACCAGUACUACGUGUACUUCGACUCCGUGCGGGACUGCUACGAAGCCUUCGUCAUUUACAGCUUCCUGAGCCUCUGCUUCCAGUACCUGGGGGGCGAGAGUGCCAUCAUGGCUGAGAUUCGGGGAAAGCCCAUCCGGUCCAGCUGCGUCUACGGCACCUGCUGCCUGCGGGGCAUGUCCUACUCCAUCGGGUUUCUGCGCUUCUGCAAGCAGGCCACUCUGCAGUUCUGCGUCGUGAAGCCCGUCAUGGCCGCGGCCACCAUCGUCCUGCAGGCCUUCGGCAAAUACCACGAUGGGGACUUCAACAUCCACAGUGGCUACCUCUAUGUCACCCUCAUCUACAACGCCUCCGUCAGCCUGGCCCUCUACGCCUUGUUCCUUUUCUACUUCGCCACCAGGGAGCUCCUGCAGCCCUUUGAGCCCGUCCUCAAGUUCCUCACCGUCAAGGCCAUCAUCUUCCUCUCUUUCUGGCAGGGGCUGCUGCUGGCCAUCCUGGAGAGGUGUGGGGUCAUCCCUGAGGUCCAGGUCAUCGACGGGAGCAAGGUGGGGGCUGGCACGGUGGCCGCCGGCUACCAGAACUUCGUCAUCUGCAUCGAGAUGCUCUUCGCCUCCAUCGCCCUGCGCUGCGCCUUCACCUGCCAGGUGUACUCGGAGAAGAAAGAGGACUCGCCAGCCCCCACGGCUCCCAUGCAGAGCAUCUCCAGCGGCCUCAAGGAGACCAUGAGCCCGCAGGACAUCGUGCAGGACGCCAUCCACAACUUCUCGCCCACCUACCAGCAGUACACGCAGCAGGCCACGCACGAGGCCCGUGGGCCCGGCCCGGCCAGGGACCCCUCGUCCAGCACACACGCCGGCGCGGACGGUGGCUCCGGCAGGGGCCGGAAGAGCCGAAGCCUGGAGAAGAGGAUGCUGAUCCCCGCGGAGGAGCUGUAGGGGCCACCUGGCUGGGAACACGCAGGGCCCCUCGUCCACCGAUGCUCUUGCCGAAGGUCAGGCCCUACCGGGGGCCUCCGGUCAGGCCACCAGGGUCCCCUUCCCCUUCCUGCCUCGGGCCAGCGGAGUGGGUCGCUUGGUGGCCCUGCAAGGCGCCUGGGGGGCCCGAGACUCAAGAGGCUCUGCGCCUUUCUGACCAGCCCAGGGACCUGCGGGGCUCCCCGGGCCCUCGGCUCAGGCGGCCCCCUGGACGGACAGACCCCAGGCUGGCAGCUGUGGGGAAGGAUGGUCGGGGGCACCGGGCAGCCCUGGCCCCAGAGCCCUGAAGCUGCAGGCCACGCAGGCUGUGGGGGUGCGGGGCGUGGAGGAAGGGCCGAGGCAAGCCCCCCUCAGCUGCUUCCCCUGGGGGGCGCGCCUGCCGUGGGUCUGGGUGGUGCCGGGGCCACGGCGGAGGGUGUGGGCGUCCCAGGCAACCGCACUUCAUUAGACAUAAACAGCCUGGGUCUUCUAGCCACACUAGUGGCCUCUGUUCCUGCAGGCUCAGUGCUCUGAUGGAGGGACUGUGGGCCGGCAGAGGAGACCCGUGUGCUAAGUCUGCGUGUUGAGGGGAGGGCCCCGUCCCCCUUGGGGCCACGUUCAUAGCUCCGAGCAGGCAGGCGAAGAGCUGAGACUUGAGAUGGGAGGGCCGCCCUGUGCCUCAGCCUCCCUGCCAUCAGUCAGUGUGCCAAGCCCCAAGGCCGAGGAGAGGCUGGUACCUUCCCUGUGCUGGGCAGGAGCCCAGAGAGCUGGGGAGCCCCGGACAUGGGAGUGGACACGUGAGGGUGCCCAUAGGCCAAGGGGGACAUGCAGGGGCAGAACCUUGGUCCAUCCAGGGAGCCUGCAGCAUCAGCAGGGUAGUGGCAGGUGCAGGGCACUGGGCGGUGGCAGUGCCUACGGCAGGCAUAGGAUGCCAGGCGGCCCAUGGCAGGGGGCCCGGGCCACCGCCCAACCACCACCCUCCACGCUCCUGGCCGCCGGCUCCGUCACCAGGGAGAGUGAAUGGUGCUGAGGGUUUCAGGGACUCAGCAGGAAAGGAACGGGCCUACGGCGUCAGGCCAGAGGGGGUCACCCCUGCCCCCCUGCUUCCUGGGCCUGGGGACAUGGGACUCAAGGCCAGCAGCCUCUCCCAGGGCCCAGACCAGCUGCUCGGUAAGACAGGCAGGCCUCCUCCCUGCUGCGUGCCGGGAAGUCCCCACCUGGCUUAUGGUGCCCUCUGCCCACGGUCGCCCCAGCGAGGCUCCCGAGGCCGGGCCCCUGUGUCUCAGCCAGCCAGCUCGGGAGGGAGGUUUGCUGGAGGCGGUGGAUGGAGACAAGGUGCCGGCAGGUGAACCGGGGAGGCGGUGCCGCCCGGGUGGCUCCCCCUUUGAGGCCUGAGCUGCCCAAAGCUCUGUGUCUGGAGGACACGUGGGCCAGGGCCCCUUGUGCAGACGCAGACACGGCGAGGGUCGGGGCUGCAGGGCGCUCUCCGCCAGGCUCAGGCACCGGGGCAGCCUCGUCCAGGCUGGUGCUUCGGGAGCACCUGCUGUGCGCCAAGGCCCAAGCCAGCAAUGUCACACGCACAGGCUCCACGACAGCCUUGAAGCGGCUGAGGUUGAGCCACCUGCCGGAGGUCACGGGGCCAGCCAGAGCAGGGCAUUCGCCAGCUGGUCCCAGCCCCCACAGGCCUCUCUCUGGGGCCAGGCUUUUGUGACAAAGUGAGGCAGUGAGGGCACAGCCCUGUGCUCCUGAGCCUGCAGCGGGCACAGAGCCUCAGGCAGGUCAGAGGGGCGGCUAUCCCAGCCGUGCCACGGAGCCGAGUGAGGGUGCUUGGACCAGGGCACAGCAGGACAUCUUGCGGCCCAAUGAAAAGCGGGCUCCCUGAUGCCAGGCUGUACCACAUGGGGCUGGGAGCAGCCGAGGAGCUAAGCCACGGGCUGCGGCCGGGUUACCCAACUGUGCUGCCCUUGGUGUUCUCAUCUGUGAAGUGGCCCCAGCAACCCACACUACGGGGUGGCAGCCCCGAGAGCAGACGGGCAGCCUGGAGCCCCAGCCGGGCUGGGUCUGCGCCGCCUCCUUCACACCCACAGGCUGCUGCCAGUUCCGGCCCUGGUGCUGCCGUCCUGGGUUCCCAGGGAACAGGAGGCGGGGUGGGGGCUCUCCCAGGGCUCACGGGGGUCUGGCUUCGCUGGGGGAGACUGAGCAGGAGAGCUCUCUGGACUCAGGGCUCAGAGAGGGUAAGGAGCCGCCCACAACCACACGGAAGCAGGGGUGGGAUGCUUCCCAAGUGGCUGGCACAGAAACACAGGCCCCUGGUUCCUUCCAGAUGCCACCCUGGGCGGCUCAGGCAGAGGUGGCGGGAGGGCUGCCAAUGGUCAGAAACCGACAGCAGCUUUCUUUGCAAGUGUGACCCUCACUCAGAGGCGGGGGCCAAGCACGACCCACCGCACCCCGGGGUCAGGCCCCCUUCUGCAGGCCCAGGUUGGGGGGCCCCUGGCUCUGGCCCUCAGAGGAGUCGGCUUACCGGUUUUGCCCUCAGCCCCUGGCAGUCCUGUCUCUCCCAACCUGCAAGCUCAUCUCAGAGCCCCAGCCAAAGAAGGUGUCCAGGGAAAGGGGGCUGUGGACACCGACCACCCAGAAAGGGAGCCCGCCCUCCCCACAGCCCUGGCGACUGCCCCCGAGCAGCGUCCAACAUGGACCUCACGCCUGGGGGGCUACAGCGAUGGUUGGGAUGUGGAGGGGCCCCUGGUGGGAGGACUUGGCCCAAAGCGCCAACCCCGUGGCAAGACAGAGCUGAAACCAGAAAACUCUUUAUUGCAAAGGUACAAAAGCAUCACAGCAGAGAGAUGUACAGCAAUAAAUUAGGUGUGGCCGAGGGGAGCGGCGGGCACGGGCCACGCGUCGCACGGACAGGGCCACAACGUGGGGUCUCUUCUCAAUAAUUUAUAUCACGAUAAAAGCAGCACAAAAAUAAAUAUUGAAAUGGAA